CAAUCAUUCACACGUGUUGCUUGGUUUGUUUUGGUACUGCUGACAGCUACGGACAUUAGAGCAGAUUUAAGAGGAAAACAAUCUUCUCAUCAUGUCCGAAAAAGUUCGCGUGACUGAAAUUAUAACAAAGACAAAGAAAGUAGACAAUCCCGUCAUUUUGGAUUUCCAGAAUGGCGAACUACAGCCAAACGCCGACGUUAAUUUUUUCAAAGCGAAGGAUUCUCACCAACCGAACAAAGAAAUGGCUGUCAUUACUACAAAAAAUAGUGUCUACCACGGAUAUAUAAACGAUGAUUUGUCCUCAAACCUUGUCAACAACUUCUUGGCAAUUAGAAACAAAUCAACUGGCAAAGUUCGCUUGGUUCAAGUAGACGACGUUUCACUCCUGAACGAUAUAUACCACAAACAGGAAAUCAGAUUAGGAAAUCAACUGGCCGAACAAUCCGCCCGGAGCAUGAUGAUCAAGCAGUUUGGCGGUCGCUUUGCAAACCGAGCCCUGGAACGCACUGAAAGGAUGAAAGUCAGCGUCGAUGUCGUGAAGAAUCAACUGGACAAGACGUUGGAAGAGUCAAUUGUUAACGAGGAAGAGCUUAACGUUUCCAUUGACGAAACCAAUAUCAAUAAAAUUCGGCCACCUUUCAACGCGGACGCCAAGCGAGUGGAAGAUAUUUAUAAUCUUGUUGAUAUCAUUCCAGCUGAGUUGCUCGAAAAACUGAACGAAGAGGCAAAGGCGGUGGUUGAAAACGAUCCAGAUAGCCUACCAAUUGAUUCGGAGUAUCUGAAAACGAAGCUGAACGCCGUUAAAUCUUCAGCUGCGCCAGACUCGAGCCGAAGCCUCACACAAGUGAAAAUGUUGAUUUAUAUGGAUGCGCUGCAGAAUCUUAUAAAAGGUCGCGAAAAGGAUCUGAGGAAGGCGACAUUUUCAAAUAUCACUGAAAGGGUGGAGAAUGACAUUCGCCUUCGAUUUUGUGAGCCGAAUAUGGCCUCAAUGAGAAAGACACGAUUCACGAAGGAAAAGGCAAUAUGCUAUUAUAUUGCUCUCGCGAUGCUAACAAGUGGAGAAUAUGAAAUGGAUGUGAACACGCUUUCCGCUGAAUUGUCGAUGUCCAGGCAAACAGUUAUUAAGUAUGCACAACUGGUGUACGCUAGGCCGAUCAGCAAGACUGAUUUGAUAAGUUUAAGGUUGCCCAGCAAAGUGAAAAUAGGAACUUUGUUUACAGGUAGGCGUCGAAAGCAUUAAACUGAUUUGAAAUGGAGAAA